UCGAACUAAGUUCUCACGUUGGCAGUGCGUAGUCGACGAUAGACUGAAGGGGACGCGUGUGUUUCGAAACGAUGAAAGAUUGCCUAGAAAGCUCGACGCCUCUUCAGAGUCAGCUGUAAUUCGAUUAUACGCCUCGCUUUCGGAGCAGUGCACGUGUCCCAAGUACAAAAUAUCCUAGAACCACGUCUGGUGCAUUUGUAUCAAUCAGCUCCGCUUCGGUAUUUGGUCUCGUUUCGUCGACUCCGGAGAGUGUCACGUAUCGAGGAGGUAUCGAGGAGGUAACGAGGAGGUAACGAGGAGGCACCGUGGGAGACCAGCGGAAGAGGAGAUUUAAUAAUCGACCAAAUACCUGGAUUUCUUUGUCUGCUGCGUACGUCUGCACGCGGCACGUGAAGUCAGAAGUCGGGAUGUAUUCUCGCUCAUCGCGAGUAGAAACGGAACGACGAUGAUCAGACGCGAGAGGAUCUACUUCGAAGGGAAGGGGAGCGUACGGUGCUGUUCAAUAUUGGAUCGGAACGUUUUAAAACAGCUGGCGGAUUCAGCGAACGACGAAAGAAUGGGCAUGGACUAUCAUCUCGAAGUAGUCACCAAAGAUGACAAACUUAGGAUACUAAAAUUUCUCAGACGAUUCUUCUUCAGAGACGAACCACUGAACCAUUCGAUCGAACUCAUAUCAGAUAGCGAGGACACUUGCCUCGAGUUAGAGGAAUAUUGUUGUAUGUCCUCGCUUGAGAACAAUCUGAGUUUGAUAGCAGUCUCACCGAGCGGUGCUAUAAUAGGUGUUUUGUUAAACGGAAAAAUGGACCCUCCAAGCGACGAAGAGCCAGAAUACAUAAAGACGUGUGGAAAUCCGAAAUUUAAAAAAAUCCUUAAGCUACUGCAUUAUGUGGAUAGGAACGUGAAUCACAAUGGAAAGUUCCAAGGAUUAAACGUCUUGGAAAUUAGAAUAAUCUCCGUUGACUCUAGUUGGAGAGGUAAAGGGAUUGCCAAAGCGCUUUUAGAGAAGGCACUCGAGAUCGGCAAGGAAAAAGGUUUCCAUAUCGCACGUGCCGACUGUUCGUCCUUUUUCUCUGGGAAACUUUGCGCGAGUCUAGGCUUCAAACAAAUAUAUGAGCUCAAUUAUGCGGACUAUGUAGACGAGGACGGUAAUCCUAUAUUCACCCCGGUAUAUCCUCAUACAGCGAUGGUUUCGUAUAUCAAGAACCUGUGAAGAGCGAUACCGUAUAUGUUUGAAAUCGAGUACCUGUUUAGAAUCAAGGAUGACUUUUAAAAACGCACCCCCAUAUUUA